AUUUUAAAAAAUAUUAAAGUGAAAAAAAAAAGUUUCAUUUUUUUUUUUUAUUAACUUAAUUAAUUAUUUAUUGUAAAAAAAAUAAAAAUGUUUAAACGUUAAUUAUAAAGGCGGUUGUGUAUCAAUUUAAGACAUAAUUAAAAAUAAUAAUUCUAAAAAAUGGAACGCAAUUACCCAAUGACAACAAGAUCCCGUUCGGAGAACGAUAGAAUUGUAUUUUACGACAACAGAAAUUACUACAGCGAGCGACUACCAGACUUCCGCGACGAGCUUAUAUCCCAGGGGCUGUAUCCACCAAGUCCCCAGUUGCAAAACAACCGGGCUAGAAGAUCGAACUCUGUUUGUACGCAAUCUGACCGACCUAAGCGGUUCCGAUCGGGUGAAACUGGAAAUCGACGACGAAACAGUAUUCACGGAAGAAUUACUCACGGUCCUACACCUUUAGGGGACGGAAGAAGAGCCAGUGUGAAGAGAAAAGUAUCUGCAAGACGUUCGAACAGUAUUAACCGAAAAAGCUCCACCCGACUGUCCAAUACCAGCAAAACUUAUCAUUAUCCUCCGGAAGAAAUGAUAAACGACGAUCACAAGAUAAAAGUCGUCGAAAAGUCGCUGAUGGAAUUGGAGCAAGCGCGAAAGCAACGACAAAUAGUCAUUAUUAUUUUGGGAAUUUUUGUUAUUUUAGUGGUUACUUCAGUGUUAAUUGUUAUUAUUACACUUACUCGCAGGUCAUUUCGCACAUCUAUCGCCACUCCUUUGUCUUUGCAUCAUAAUUAUUCUGCACGGCAAAAUGAGCUGAAGUGGCACAAUGCUUCUCAAUCGAUGACCAACACUUCAAUACCACCUUAAAUUAAUAAAAAAAUUAUUUUGAAUGUUGUUAAGUUAUUAAAUGUGAUCACGAGUUAAUGAGAAUCUUGUGAUAGUUUUUAAUUUUGGUCCGAAUAUUUUUUCAAUAUU